AUGACUCUGGGCAACCUGAAGCUAGGAGUAGAUGUCGUAAGUGCUCAUAACCUCUUGCCUAAAGAUGGACAGGGCUCAUCCAGUGCUUUUGUGGAGCUUUAUUUUGAUGGUCAGAGGUACCGCACCACAAUCAAAGAAAAGGAUCUCAAUCCUGUGUGGAAUGAAAGCUUCUACUUCAACAUAUCAGAUCUUUCCAUCCUUCAUGCUCUUGCACUUGAUGCGUACAUCUACAAUAAUAUCAAAGCGACUCAAGCGAGGUCCUUCCUUGGAAAGGUCAGCAUCAAUGGGACCUCCUUCGUACCCUAUUCUGAUGCUGUUGUCCUGCACUAUCCUCUAGAGAAGCGUGGUAUUUUCUCACGGGUUCGAGGAGAGCUCGGCCUCAAGGUUUAUAUCACUGAUGAUCCAUCAAUAAAGUCAUCUAUCCCUGUUUCUACAGCUGAGGAAACUCAAUUAAACCCGGAAUCAGUUCAUGUUCCAGUGUCAAACACUGUUUCUCAUGUCAAAGCAGAGGCGAGGCACACAUUCCAUCAUCUCCCAAACCCCAGUAGUUCCCAACAACAGCAUCACUCUCCUGCUGCUGCAGUGCCUCACCAUGUAACUAAAUACGGGGUUGAUGAAAUGAAGGCUGCCGAACCGCAGCCUCUGAAGCUUGUCCGGAUGCACUCAGCAUCGUCAGCACAACCAGUUGACUAUGCCCUUAAAGAAACAAGUCCGUUCCUCGGAGGGGGACGAGUUGUUGGGGGGCGUGUUGUUCGUACUGAUAGGACAGGUGGAGGUACCUAUGAUCUUGUCGAAAAAAUGCACUUCCUUUUUGUUAGAGUUGUUAAGGCUCGGGAGCUUCCUGCAAUGGAUGUUACUGGGAGUCUAGAUCCAUACGUGGAGGUGAAAAUCGGAAAUUAUAAAGGAGUUACCAAGCAUAUUGAGAAGCAGCAAAAUCCAUUCUGGAAUGUAGUGUUUGCCUUCUCAAAGGAGAGGAUGCAAGCCUCUGUACUUGAAGUUGUUGUCAAGGACAAAGAUCUUGUCAAAGAUGAUUAUGUCGGUUUUGUCAGAUUUGACCUCAAUGAGAUUCCAAUGCGUGUUCCACCAGAUAGUCCCCUGGCUCCAGAAUGGUACCGGCUUGAAGACAAAAAGGGAGAGAAGAUAAAGGGCGAGUUAAUGCUUGCAGUCUGGAUUGGCACUCAAGCAGACGAGGCUUUUCCUGAUGCAUGGCACUCUGAUGCAACUACACCUAUUGACAGCACUGCUGCUGCAUCUUUUCUAUUACGUUCAAAAGUCUAUCAUGCACCACGCUUGUGGUAUGUACGUGUUAAUGUUGUUGAAGCUCAGGACUUGGUAUCAACCGAGAAAACUCGUUUCCCAGAUGCUUAUGUGAAGGCACAGAUAGGAAACCAAGUUUUGAGAACAAAGCCAGUUCAGGCUCGGAAUUUUAACCCCUUAUGGAAUGAGGAUCUAUAUUUUGUGGCUGCAGAACCUUUUGAAGACCAUCUCAUUCUUACAGUUGAGGAUCGUGUAGCACCUGGGAAAGAUGAGAUAAUUGGGAGGGCCAUUAUACCAUUGAGCAUGGUAGAGAAGCGUGCAGAUGAUCGCAUUAUUCAUUCUCGUUGGUUUAACCUAGAGAAGCCAGUUGCUGUGGAUGUUGAUCAGCUGAAGAAAGAUAAAUUCUCUAGCAAGCUUCAUCUCCGAGUCUGUUUAGAUGGAGGGUACCAUGUUCUUGAUGAAUCGACUCAUUAUAGCAGUGAUCUUCGUCCCACGGCCAAACAGCUUUGGAAGCCACCCAUUGGGGUUCUGGAACUUGGUGUGUUAAAUUCUGUGGGGCUUCACCCCAUGAAAACACGAGAUGGCAAAGGCACGUCAGAUACGUAUUGUGUAGCUAAGUAUGGUCACAAGUGGGUCCGAACUCGUACAAUUGUUGACAACCUAUUCCCCAAGUACAAUGAGCAAUACACUUGGGAAGUUUUUGAUCCAGCAACAGUCCUCACAGUUGGCGUUUUUGACAACAGCCAGCUGGGCGAUAAAGGUUCCAAUGGUAACAAGGACCAAAAGAUAGGCAAGGUUCGAAUUCGAAUUUCGACGCUUGAAACUGGUCGUAUUUAUACACAUUCUUAUCCAUUACUGGUUCUUCACCCUACUGGUGUUAAGAAGAUGGGAGAGCUACAUUUGGCAAUACGCUUCACUUGCAUAUCUUUCGUUAACAUGCUCUAUAUGUACUCACGACCUCUGUUGCCAAAGAUGCACUAUGUAAGGCCGUUCACUGUGAUGCAGUUAGACAUGCUACGACACCAGGCUGUCAACAUAGUGGCAACUAGGCUGGGUCGGGCAGAGCCACCACUCAGAAAGGAGGUUGUAGAAUACAUGUCCGAUGUGGACUCACAUCUUUGGAGCAUGCGUCGAAGCAAGGCCAACUUUUUCCGGCUGAUGUCAGUCUUCUCUGGAUUAUUUGCUGUAGGGAAAUGGUUUGGCGAUAUCUGCAUGUGGAAAAACCCAGUGACAACGGUGCUCGUGCAUUUGCUAUUUCUUAUGCUUGCUUUCUUCCCAGAACUGAUUUUGCCAACAUUUUUUCUUUACAUGUUUCUUAUUGGAAUAUGGAAUUUCCGAUACCGCCCAAGGUAUCCUCCCCACAUGAACACAAAGAUCUCACAGGCUGAGGCGGUACACCCAGAUGAACUGGACGAAGAGUUUGACACAUUCCCGACAAGUCGGAAUCCUGAUGUUGUAAGAAUGAGAUAUGAUCGACUAAGAAGUGUGGCAGGACGAAUUCAGACUGUUGUGGGCGACAUUGCAACUCAGGGAGAACGUGUGCAGUCGCUGUUAAGCUGGAGAGACCCCCGAGCUACAGCCCUCUUUAUCACUUUCUGUCUUAUAGCAGCAGUGGUGUUGUAUGUGACACCUUGUCAGGUAUUAUUAGCCUUGGCAGGCUUAUACAUGAUGCGGCAUCCAAGAUUUCGCUAUCGACUGCCUUCGGUGCCUGUCAAUUUCUUCCGCCGGCUUCCUGCUAGGACAGAUAGUAUGUUGUAG